CAGUUACUCAGCGGCUUUGCUAGCGUUCAAGUCGUUGCCGUUUGCCGUUAGCCGUUUCCCGUUGCCGUUUGCCGUUUGCCGGAACCUGAAGGCGCAUCACAUUUGACAACAACAUGAACGGACCCAAACACAAACUCUGCACCAAACUAUCCAGCACAUAUCUGCGCAAAUGGUGGAUUACAAUUGGCAUUGGCGCUGUUUUGAUAAUUGCCGGCGUUCUGGUUGCAUGCCAAUUUUCGGUGCUGAUCAAUGCGAUCAUUGAUCGCAUGAUCGCGCUGCGACCCGGCUCCAAGACCUUUGGCUGGUGGGCCAAGCCGCCCGUGGAGCCGCGCAUCAGUUUGUACGUUUACAAUGUGACAAAUGCCGAUGAUUUUCUGAGCAACGGCUCCAGGGCCAUUGUCGACGAGGUGGGACCCUAUGUCUACAGCGAGACGUGGGAAAAGGUAAACAUUGUGGAGCAUGACAAUGGCACGCUGAGCUACAAUCUGCGCAAGAUCUACAAGUUCCGCGAAGAUCUGUCCGCCGGCCCCGAAGAUGAUGUGGUCAUUGUGCCCAACAUACCCAUGCUGAGCGCCACCUCGCAGAGCAAACAUGCAGCCAGAUUUCUGCGCCUGGCCAUGGCCAGCAUUAUGGACAUACUGAAGAUCAAGCCGUUUGUGCAGGUCUCUGUGGGCCAACUGCUCUGGGGCUACGAGGAUCCGCUGCUCAAGCUGGCCAAGGAUGUGGUACCCAAGGAGCAGAAGCUGCCGUACGAGGAGUUCGGCCUGCUGUACGGCAAGAACGGCACCUCAUCGGAUCGCGUCACCGUCUUCACGGGCACCGACAAUAUCAAUCAUUAUGGCAUCAUUGACAAGUUCAAUGGACGCACACAUUUGCCGCACUGGACAACGGACGAGUGCAAUCGGUUGAGCGGCACCGAUGGCUCCAUCUUUCCGCCGCACAUCACAAAGGAUCGGGUGCUGGAGGUGUACGACAAGGAUCUGUGCCGUUUGCUGCCGCUGGUCUUCGAGCAGGAGGUGAUGACCUCCAACGAGGUGCCCGGCUAUCGCUUCACACCGCCGGAGUGGGUGUUCGCCGAUGUCGAUAGCCAUCCGGAUAACAUGUGCUACUGCCCGGCCGGCAAGCCCUCCUGCUCACCCAACGGCCUCUUUAACGUGUCGCUGUGUCAAUACGACUCGCCCAUCAUGCUGAGCUUCCCGCAUUUCUAUCUGGCCGAUGAUAGUCUGCGGACCCAGGUUGACGGCAUUUCCCCGCCGGAGAAGGAGCAGCAUCAGUUCUACUUUGAUGUGCAGCCCAAAAUGGGCACCACUUUGAGCGUGCGCGCCCGCAUCCAGAUCAAUUUGGCUGUCAGCCAGGUGUUUGACAUCAAGCAGGUGGCCAAUUUUCCGGACAUCAUAUUCCCCAUUUUGUGGUUUGAGGAGGGCAUCGAUUCGCUGCCGGAUGAGGUAACGGAUUUGAUGCGUUUCGCUGAAACGAUUCCGCCGAAAAUCCGUGUGAUUCUUAUACUGGUGCUGUGCGUCCUGGGCGUGAUCCUGCUCCUGCUGUCCACAUUCUGUUUGAUACGCAAUUCGCACAGGCAGAGCACGCUGCAUUUGGAGGGUUCGAACUAUUUGGCCACCGCACAGGUGGACAUGAACAAGAAGCAGAACAAGGACAACAAUCCCAACAAUGCGCGAUAUUAACAUGUUGCCCUUGUUGUUGUUCUUCGUUUGUUUGUUUGUUUGUUCGUUUGAUUUGAUUUUUAUAAGGGGGGCCCCCUCAAGGCGCGUUAAGUGUUAAAAUGAUGGAUUCUUGUUUUUUAACCAGGAAACGCGCUCGCGUAUGCGAAUGUAGUCUAGAACAAAUGGAGCUGGGAAGACUUAUGUGUAUGUACUUAUGCAUAUAUUCUAUGUAUGAUAGGUCCUCGUUGUAAGUACUUAUGUAAUCGUUAUUAAAAUUUCAAGUAUAUUAGCUGUUAGUCUGUCUACGGUCGUGAUCGUCGCUAUAAGUCUCAAAUUUUUGUUAUUAUUAACCCAGCCUGGGCAGCUGGCCAAAUUCUAUGUCACUAAAGGAAGAAGGAAGCGAAAAAAAAAAAGAAAAAAACUAAUUAAACCUGUGCAUUAUUAGGGCACAUGUCCAAAUAAGUCACAAAAACCUAAACACAAAUAAAUAAAAUGACAAAAAAAUGCGAAAAAAAAA